AUGGAGGAGAUGCUCUUCAUGUUCGACAUGCUGUUCGGACCCCCACAAGCGACACGACGUAGCAGUGGCCAUGGCAAACGGAAGAAGGGCAAUGGUGGAGUGCGUGUCAAUGUUCGACGUAAAGGUGGCAAGCGCCGAACACCUCAUGAGUCUCCUGGCUUCCCUUCCUACGUCGACCAUGAGUUCAUGGAUAUGUUCGCACAUGGCAUGGUGUUUGGUAAUCCAGACUCAGAGCUGUCUAACCUGGAGGAUGAAUUCAUGUCGAUGGCGAGCUUUGUUGCCAGGUCAGGUAUGAACUUUGACUCAAUAUUCUCUAUGAAAGAGAAGACGACGGGAAAGUGCACCCCGCUCAGGCAGGAUGAGCCUAAAUCUCAGUGUGCCGGGCCUGAGAAAGCCAACAUGCCUGCACCAACAGUUGGGAGCAAAGUGUACAUACAUGGGAAGCACACAGGGAUUGUCAAGUUCACAGGCCACGUUCACUAUGCGAAAGGUGAAUUCGUAGGCGUCGCUUUGAGCUCACCAGUGGGUAAAAAUGACGGCGCUAUCAAAGGCGUGAGGUACUUCGAGUGCCCUCCCAGUCACGGGCUCAGGGCUGCGAAUCGCAAGUUGAAGUGA